CUCUGUAAUAUAGUGAUGCAAUGAUGAUGUUGAGAAGUACGAAGAAUUGGUACAUAAAAAAUAACGCUGGCUUGAGAGCCAUUUACACAGCUAUGUGUAGGAAAAGUUACUUAAAUAACAAUAUUAAAAAAAUAUCUAUAAAAUACAGUCAACAAAAUGUUAAGAACAUCGCUAGUUUUCAGUCAAUAGUAUCAUUUACUAGAAGUCUUACAGGUUUCCAGAAUGUCUUGUCUUUUCACAACGUCACAGAUGAAACACUUGAAGGUUUAUCAGACUUUUUCGAUGAUCUGAGUGAUCAUUAUAUCUUACCGUCCCUUGAUGACUAUGAUGUACAGUUUGGGGAUGGAGUUCUAACAGUCAAGUUUGGAGGAGAAGUUGGUACUUAUGUUAUUAACAAACAAACUCCAAACCAACAAAUUUGGCUGUCAUCUCCCAAAAGUGGGCCUAAAAGAUAUGAUUUUGUUGGUAAUAAAUGGGUUUACAAGCGUGACCAGGUAUCUCUCCAUGAACUGUUGUCCAGAGAAAUGUCCAACAUUACAGGCCAAGAUGUAGAUCUUACACAUCUUCCAUAUGGCGGGAUGACAUCAACUAAAGACUAAUUUGUCAUUAUUUUAAUUAAUCAAUUGACAAAGACCAUUAAGCAAUGACUGUCUAUUUUAUAUUUUAUCUUUAUGUAUGGAUAACAUAGUUGUAGCUGAUGUUGGAGUGCAAUAAACAAAGUUCUAUCAUUUUUGCA